UUGCCAUAGCAACAAGCAUCACCUAAUUCACUGCUGCACUGAAAGCUCUUGCUCACAAAUGCUGUUCUGCUAUCAGUUCGAAGCAGCCAUUUCUGACACCAACGAGACAAAAGAAAAACAGAGACCAAGGUAUCAGGGCACUGAGACUAUAGACACUGUGCCAUGUCUUACAGAAGCACAACACGAUGCAUUUACUCCACUCUUCUAUUGAUGCUGACAAUUGGACUACCAUUUAUGAAGCUGGUCCUUGCCGAUGAGCCCUCUGGCACUACUAUUCCUCCAGAAAGCCGACCAUGUGUGGACUGUCAUGCCUUUGAAUUCAUGCAGAGGGCGCUGCAAGACCUGAAAAAAACAGCAUAUAACUUAGACUCAAGGACGGAGACCCUUCUGCUGAAAGUGGAACGAAGGACACUGUGUGACUGCAUUUCUGCCGAGGGUCUCAGCUGAUGAUAAGAGUACCAGGAAAAGGAUGAUCACACAUCCCUUGCGCUGCUGGAGAGGAUUGUCAUGUGUUGCUUUACAACGUGUAGCAGGUCCCUCUGGCAGCAUAAGGGGUUAAGCACCAACCAUAUAAUGAUUCCAGAUUACACAUGACAAACAGCAUAUCAACUCAACACCGAAAUGUGCAUGUGUGCAAGAAGGCAUUGGGUGGAAGGGAUUCUUUAUUCCGAAUACGAUUUGUUUUUUUUGUUUUUUUUUAAUUGUUUUCUUGAUAUUAUAUUAGACAGAUUGCAAUAUAAUUUGAUUUUAUAAAAAAAAAAAUAAUGAUUCGCAUUAGAGUGAAGUCAACUCUUUUUUGUGCACUUUAAAAGUAACAACGGACAUAAAGCAACAUGUACAGUAUGUCUUUGGGUGGCACUGACUUGAAUUGACAUGAAUUUAAUUAUUUUUUUGCAGCUAUUGGAAAACUGGAGAUUGUUACAUUGUGUUGCAGCUAGUGUAACCUUUGCAGCUUGUAAAUAACACUAUGUACACAUUUUUACGCCAGUUCACUUACAUUAAAAGUACACAAAAGACUGUAUGCUGUAAGAAAAAAACAAAAAGACAAAAAAAAAAAAAAAUCUUUUUUUUUUUUUAAAUAUUGGCACAGUGCUGUUGAAUUUGUAAUUUUUAUUGUAAUGAUUUAAAAGGGUUACUCCAGUCACCUUAACCAUUUGUGCUUCCAGAAGUGGUUAUGGUGGUAGGAAUCUGUAUGUGCAGAUACAGAGCAGACAGCAGUUUUGUGCAGGGAGCUACUUGCACCCCUGGGACAUGUGACUUAGGCAGCCUGGAACUCUGUCUGGUGCUGCCUAAAGUGAGAUCUGUGCAAAAAUGAUGUCUGUCGUCAGCACGCACUGCAUGCCGGUGACAGGCGGAUUUAACUUCUACCAUAGCAGCAGCGCUAUGAACGUGCCUGCAAAAGGAAGCUUCAAAGUCCCCUUCACUCCCUCCUGCACCCCCUCAUAUCCCUCCCAUCCCUCCCAUCGCUCCCUGCCUCCUCCAUUUAGAACUUUUGACAUAUAUAUAUAUAUAUAUAUAUAAAGUCCUCUCUAGAUCUCUACUUCUUAUCUACCCAACUCAGUGCACAUGCACUGGGAGCCAGGGAAAACAGUCCAAUCAAAUGCUUCUCAUAGAGAAGCAUCUGAUUGGACAUAAGAUGACGUGGCACGAUGUCAUAUGGGGCGAAGAACCGAGCAAGGAGGACCUUGCCUGGCAUAGGAUUAAAAAUAUAUUUAAAGAUUAUGUAAUAAUUUUCUUUUACUUUAAAUAGGGGGGCUAAUUAAUAGUGGCCAAUAGGGUAUAAUAAAGCUAUAAAAGGAUUAUGGAGAAAAGGGUUAUAGUAACUCUUAAAGAUUAGUAUUAUUUUCUAAUUCCCUAAAUCCUUUUCCAAAUGUAACACCUAUAUGAGUUGGGGCAAUGCAUUGCUCUCCCAUAAGCGAUUCCAAGACGUUCAUCCACAAUUACAAGUUGGGCAGCAUGCAUUGAUCCUGUGAUUAGUUCCCCUGCCAACUCAAGGCAACAAAGAGCCAGCUCAGAAUAAUUAAAGGCAUACUGUCAUAAUUGUUUUUAUUAUUAUUCAAAAUGAAAUGCGUUACAUGUAUUAUAUCCUCUGUGUGUAUUCUUUGUAAUCCAUGCACACAAGUAAAUACCUCUGUACAGUGAGUAUAAAACUUAUUCUUAUCACCAUCUUUAAGUCCUCUUUGACUGGUAGCUUAGCUUGCCCGGACAAAAGUCUUGCAGGUAUUCAAGAGCUAGGUUACAUUGAUGAAUCAUCACGCCAAGUACCAGGAAUCUCAACAAUGCACUCAUGAAUGGUUUGUGACCCUGAAAUUUUAAGUUGGUUUAAGUGUAACUUCUGACCAAGAGAACGAAAGAUUGCUGCCCCUAUUAUUAUUAUUAUUAUUUUAUUAUUUAUAUAGCGCCAUCAAAUUCCGUAGCGCUGUAAAAUGGGAGAGCCAAUGUAAGUUAGGGGAUACAUAGUAACGAGUUAUUAACUGAUGUAUGUUCCUUGCAAAAUAAUACACAAUGAAGCAAUACAGGAUAUAAUAUUUUAUUUUGCAGUAAUAAUAAAAUUGAUUACAGUUUCCUUUCAGCCUACACGAGGGAAACUUACCUCCCUCUUGGUGGAGCCAAUUUAUUGUAAUCUGAGGCCUAAAAUAAUGUUGAGUGAGAUUAAACUCAAGCAAAGCCAGGAAAUGUUAUGUUUGCAAAGUGGCUAGUGAAUUCACCAAGAGCUUCUAUUUGGACAAUAGCCAAGUAUACUUAAGAAAUAUUCCAAUUUUAUCCAAUGCCACUCUAAAUGGGGCUAAAAUAAAUCUUAACUUAAAAAGCAUCUAGUGAAUCACCUCCAAAUUGUAAGUAAAUUUCAUAUUGACUCCUAACAAUUGGCUUAAAAAAUUGAUGCCAGGCAGGAGAAGGUGCAUCAUUUGUGUCAUUAAAAUGAUAUACAUUUUCAACAUAUAUUUUAAAAUUGAAUAGAUGCUGCAAUUGUUUUAUGUUUUUUUUGACUAAUGGGAAUAUGCAACAAAUAAAAAAAAUGUAUGCGUUA